AUGGGUAUUCCAUCCUCAUUGCCCACAAACCCUAACCCCAGCCCCAGUCCGCCGCUCCCUCAGUCACCACCACCACAAACGCCGCCAUUACCUCAAUCGCCACCACCUCAGUCACCACCACUACCCCCAAGCCAAAUACCACCUCUCAGUCCGCCGACUCCCCUCUCGCCACAAACUGAAUCGCAAAAUGAAACACCAAUUCUCGACACCCAUUCCCCAGAACCAGUGCCUGAGCCUGCGCCUACUCAAACGAAAACCAAAGGCAAAACUAAAAGGGCUGCAAGUAGACCCAAGGAAACCCCUGUCGGAAAACGGAAACGAGUACCCUCUGUUCCUUUCGGCCUAAAUUCUCCACCUCAGCCAUCCUCUGAACCAGUCAGCAAAAGGACCAGGUCUUCCUCGCAAACUCCAGCACCAGUGGUCCAAACACCAGUACCUCAGUCUCCCUUACAUUCUCCAGCACCUGCGUCAUCUGCCGAUAAUAUAGAGGAGGAAGGGGACACAGUAACAGUAUUGUGGGUGCUGGUGACUUGUUUCUCUUGUGGUGCAUGA